AUGUCGCUGCUGAAUACGACGCUGCAGACCCUGGUGGUCCGACUUCGCGAUAUGUCGGGGAAUGUGACCCAGCAAAAGCUUCACAACCGUGUAUUUGAUGCAUAUGAGGCAAAAUCCCUUGUGUUUGAGGCCAUUUCACCGGAGCAGCAGGCAGUUAUGCGGCAAUUUGGUAUGAUUCCCCCGCAACACCCUGCGGGGCAGCCGGUGCUGCUGGAUGGUUGGGCAGAACUACUUAGCGUUCAUAAAGAUGAUAACCUCUACCAGCUGCUGCCCCGCCGCGCGAAAAACAACGCCAGCUACAGCACCAUGCGAGCCAUCUGCUGCAGUGCCGGUUCGCCGUUCACGAUGGAGCAUCGCGUAGACCCUAUAGACUACAAGUUUGUUUUUCGCGCGGCUGACAUGGAGGUGCGGAAUAAGUUUAAUGCGGUGAAUGCGGACAAGAUCCCGCCCUCCAUCUGGUUUGACGGUAUUUUAAGCGCGCCCAACGAUUCUGGUCUGGUGAGUUGCCACAAUACCCUGUCUCCAGCACACAUUAACAACUUAGCAGGUAUAUACCAGUUUCUCAAGGAGUGGUCAAGGGAGCCACCCGAGGGCGACCGUCACCGCCAACUGAAGGAAAUGUACUCCAAACUCUUGUCGAGGCGCACACACCUCUUCAUGGGCUCAUCUUCUGUUCCUGGGAGAGAAAUUCUCAACUACGCCAAGUCGAAGAAUGUCUUUGUAUACGCCAAGCGAGGGAUGCAUUACGUCUUUCAUGCCUAA